CUUUAAGGUCGGGAACACUUGAAAUAGGAAUGGCUUUUUCUACAGAUCAAAGGACAAUGAUCAUAACACUGUAGCAGCUGGAGCUUUUCAUGAGAAAGAUUUUACAUGAAGACAGCGGCUGGGUUUCUGCUGUUGAUUUGUAAAGUUUCUCCCAAAGGUAGAGAUGCUUCGCUUUGUCGUGUUUGCUCUGUUGCUUGGUGUCUGUGCCAGUGCUGGUAAACAGCAGAAAAAGAAGGAGACGCCGCAGUCCUUGUCGAGAGGAUGGGGGGACGGCAUUCGUUGGGUCAAAAGUUAUAAAGAGGGCCUGUCGGAGAUGGUCAAACGUAAGAAGCCUCUGAUGGUCAUCCAUCAUCAAGACAUCUGCCCGUACAGCCAAGCGCUGAAGAAGGCCUUUGCUGCUGAUAAGUCCAUCCAGAAGAUGGCGGGGAGGGAUUUCAUCAUGCUCAACCUUUUGAAUGAGACUGCGGAUGAGAGAAUAGCCCCCGAUGGACGCUACACUCCCAGAAUCCUCUUUCUUGAUCAAUCCAACACUGUGCGCACUGAGCUCGUGGGAAAGUUCCCCAGCCAUCUCUACACCUACGAGCCGGCUGACAUGACACUCUUGGCUGAAAACAUGAAGAAAGCCCAAAAAAUGAAGAAGGCUGAACUCUAACCAGGUCCAAUGGUUACACCUUCCCCAUCCCGGACCCCUGCUGGGACACCUGCUCAGUGUUCUAAGACGGACGUCUUUACAUCAAUAAAACCAAAAUAAGUGAUUGAAAA